UGACGAAGCGAAUCGGUUUCGUGUUUUCGAAUUGUGCUCUAAUAUUAUUGUAUUUGUGUAAUGGAGAAUCGUUAAGAUUGAUGGAAGGCACAAAUACAAUUGACAUUAUCGAACAUCGUAUAAUGGAUGAUUUCCAAGCUGAAAUUCCGGAACAUUUUGAAAAAGUCGGCGAUAAAUACUACUAUUUCGACCAAGACCAAGAGGCUCACAAUUGGUUCGGAGCAGUCGAAAAGUGUCGUCAGAUCGACGGGCAUCUAAUCAAUCCACAAAACGAAAACGAGCUGCUUCAGGUGGCCUCUAAACUGAGUAGUUCCCAAGAGUAUUGGACGGACCUCAACAACCUUGUCAAUAAAACUUUAUUCUAUUCGCUAACUACGGGCAGAGUGGCAAAUAUGCUCAACGACGAUUCGAACAGCGAUGUUAAUAUGUGCGGACUUAUUCGAUUCGAUCCAUCCAACUCCAGCUAUAGACUGACUAAGCACAACUGCUUUCAGAAAAAGAACUUCAUUUGUGAGACAACACAACCGACCACAAUAUCGUUUUUAUUAUGGUGA